CGGGGCCGCGGUGGCAGUUGGUGGCGGCCGUUGGCUCCUGAGGAGAAGGCGCCGCCGCCGCCGCCUGAGGAGGAGCAGCGGGGCCGGACCGGACCCCUCCGCGCCUGUCACCGCGGCCCGCGGCGCUCCCCCCGCCCCGCCCAAGGGGGCGUGUGGCGUCUCGGAGGGGGAGAGCAGGCUGUUUAAUACAAAGAAAACACAUCAGCUGCUACGCUACAAGGAUGGAGUCUAUUGUGUGGGAAUGUGGCUAAUCAACUUACCACCUUAACCUAAUGCACAGUGCAUAAUAAUGUGAAAAGGGAAAGAGAAGAGAAAAUGAUGUCUCUCUCGUAUAUCUUAAAAACACACGCUUCUGGCUGGACUGGCCAAGCAGAAUUCAUUCAGAACAGAGAGUAUUCCGGUCUUUGAAGAACCUCAAUCAAGGAAUGAAACUCCUGACAUUAAAGCCAAUCCUGCAGGUGCAUGCCUACCUGAAAAUGCUUAGUUAAUAAUCUGACAGGCCUCAGCAACUGGCCUCCAUUCGCAUUGUGGGAGGAUGGCUGUUUGCUUGGUGUUCUGUUCUCUCUGGCUUCUGGAUGUUUUGGUGGGGCACACAAGUGGGCACAGUUUAUUUUCUUGUGAGCCUAUCAUCUUGAGGAUGUGUCAAGACCUGCCUUACAAUACCACCUUUAUGCCUAAUCUUCUGAACCAUUAUGACCAGCAGACAGCAGCAUUAGCAAUGGAGCCGUUUCAUCCUAUGGUGAAUCUGGAAUGCUCAAGGGAUUUUCGGCCAUUUUUAUGCGCCCUGUAUGCUCCUGUCUGCAUGGAAUAUGGACGUGUCACGCUCCCAUGUCGGAGGCUCUGCCAGCGGGCAUACAGUGAAUGCUCCAAACUCAUGGAGAUGUUUGGAGUCUCUUGGCCAGAGGAUAUGGAAUGCAACAGAUUCCCGGAUUGUGAUGAGCCUUAUCCUCGUCUUGUAGACCUCAGUUUAGCUGGGGAGCCCACAGAAGAGACCCCAGUGGCAGUGCAGAGGGACUAUGGCUUUUGGUGCCCCCGGGAAUUAAAAAUAGACCCCGAUCUGGGUUACUCCUUCCUGAGAGUACGAGACUGUUCUCCUCCUUGCCCAAACAUGUACUUCAGGCGUGAAGAACUCUCCUUUGCCCGUUACUUCAUCGGAGUUAUUUCGAUCGUCUGCCUUUCUGCCACCUUGUUUACUUUCUUAACUUUUCUGAUUGAUGUCACACGAUUCCGCUAUCCAGAAAGACCCAUUAUAUUUUACGCCGUGUGUUACAUGAUGGUGUCGUUAAUUUUCUUCAUUGGCUUUCUGCUUGAAGACCGAGUAGCUUGUAACGCAUCUAGUCCUGCCCAGUACAAGGCUUCUACAGUGACACAGGGCUCUCACAACAAAGCUUGCACCAUGCUUUUCAUGGUGCUUUAUUUCUUUACCAUGGCUGGCAGUGUUUGGUGGGUCAUUCUUACCAUCACAUGGUUCUUGGCAGCUGUGCCAAAGUGGGGCAGUGAAGCAAUUGAAAAGAAAGCAUUGCUCUUCCACGCCAGUGCAUGGGGCAUUCCUGGAACUCUGACCAUCAUCCUUUUAGCAAUGAAUAAAAUUGAAGGUGACAACAUUAGUGGCGUGUGUUUUGUUGGCCUCUAUGACGUGGAUGCACUAAGAUAUUUUGUUCUUGCUCCCCUCUGCCUGUAUGUGGUGGUUGGAGUUUCUCUGCUGCUAGCUGGCAUUAUCUCCCUCAAUCGGGUUCGCAUUGAAAUCCCGUUAGAAAAAGAAAACCAGGACAAGUUGGUGAAAUUCAUGAUCCGGAUUGGCGUGUUCAGCGUUUUAUACCUUGUACCACUCUUGGUAGUAAUUGGCUGCUAUUUCUAUGAGCAGGCUUACCGAGGUGUGUGGGAGACGACAUGGAUACAGGAACGCUGCAGAGAAUAUCAUAUCCCGUGCCCUUAUCAGGUCACUCAGAUGAGUCGCCCUGACCUCAUUCUCUUUCUGAUGAAGUAUCUGAUGGCUCUAGUAGUUGGGAUACCUUCAGUUUUCUGGGUUGGAAGCAAGAAGACCUGUUUCGAAUGGGCCAGCUUUUUCCAUGGACGCAGGAAAAAAGAAACUGUAAAUGAGAGUCGUCAGGUGCUGCAAGAGCCCGAUUUCGCCCAGUCACUCCUGAGAGAUCCUAAUACCCCCAUCAUCCGAAAGUCGAGAGGGACCUCCACCCAGGGGACCUCCACACAUGCCUCAUCUACUCAGCUGGCGAUGAUGGAUGACCAAAGGAGCAAAGCAGGCAGCGUCCACAGCAAAGUGAGCAGUUAUCAUGGCAGCCUGCAUAGGUCACGUGAUGGCAGGUAUACCCCCUGCAGCUACAGAGGCAUGGAAGACCGACUACCUCACGGCAGUAUGUCACGACUGACUGAUCACUCCAGGCAUAGCAGUUCUCAUCGGCUUAACGAACAGUCGCGUCACAGCAGCAUCAGGGAUCUCAGCAGCAACCCCAUGACACACAUCACACAUGGUACAAGCAUGAACCGGGUUAUCGAAGAAGAUGGAACCAGUGCUUGAUAUGCGUUCAACAAAAAUGAUGAGCAUAUAUGAUAGUGUAUCUUGGAGCCCCUUUCUCAGUGAUAUGAUAAUGCUCAGUAUUAUCAUGCCUCUCAUCAGGUGCUGAUUUCAUGCAUCAGGAAGCUGAAAAGUUGGUUUCUCUUUUUCAGGGCCAGCUGUUCUCAUGCUUGCAUCAAAGCUGGAAUGUUUGAUCUGCAAUCUAGAGAAUAACAGAAGUAUAAGAGUUGGUUGUAGCUUCCAAAUGAACCUACAAGCAGAUAAUUAUUAUUUAUUUGAUAAUGGUUAUUUUCCUGUCACGUACCAUAGUUGAAUUUGUCAUUUGGAAACCCACCCAAGUAGUUUGUCUUUGUUUCAAUAAAUAUUACCUUUGAAGAUCCAAUUGGUGAGGUCAUGUUAAGAGUUCAAGUAAACAGAAAGAAACUCUUGAAUAUUGAAGGGGUUCUUCUAAGUGACCUUUUUGUCUUUGAUUUAGAUAAUAAACUGGUAGUGUUUUUAUUAAGCACAGAGGGCAGGCUGCAUCUUAAAUACUGUACAAAGGACAUCUGUGAGAGAUCAGUAGACAUUUUUUAAACAAGUACACUGGAAACGCAACAAAAGAAUGAGCAUUCUGGAGGAAGAAUGAGAACUCCGUUGAAGAUCAUGAGUCCUUACAGGAGUUGUUCAGACUGAAAAGCUGGGAUACGGCAGUGAAAGGGUGUUCUUUUUUUUGUAUAUCAUGUACUGUCCUUGCUUUUUUAUUUUUUACAAAAUGCUAUUUAAAUAUUGUACUUGUUUACAAUUUCUGUGGGAAGAGGUGGAAAGGUCAGUUUGAACCAGUUAACCCAGUUCAUUUAAAAAUGAGUGGUUCAAUAUUAACAUAUGAACAUUGCAGUUGAGCUUUGCCUAUUUCUGACCUAUAAAAUAUAGGUUGUGGGGGAACCUGGAUUUCUCCCUUAACCCGAGAGGAGGUAUUGGGAUCCAUGAGUGCACAGAUGUAUCAGCCCAACUUCACCCACGUAGGGAGAGAAGGGGGAUGCAUUAUCAGGAGUUUACUACCACUGUGCUGUUUUGGGACUAAGCAAAGUGUCAGGCUAAAGCCCACCUAGUUAGGUGGAGUGUGCCCUGCAGAGAGGAUUAGUUCUUACUGUAUGUUCUUCCAUUCCAGAAUAGUUUCAGAGAACAGAAACUUAGGGCGGGGUUUAAAUAUUUUUUGCGAAUAAUUUUGCUCUCAUUUUGCCUUUAGGAUAUAUCAUGUCCAUGUCAACAUUGCAGGCGGAGUCCAAUCAUAUUUAAUAUGGUACAGUAGAUCUUCUGGAGCAGCUAUGUUAUAAGUUUCAAGUAUUGCUCACCAUGAGGAAACACUGGUUACAUUUGAACCUACCUCAUUAAUUACUGGAGAACAUUGCUGGGAAACGUACACUUACUUUUUCAUUGUCCUCACAUACAUUCCCUUGGUUGACCUGUUUCAGGCAUGUUGAAAGCCUUUGUAACGCUUGGAUGGUAUAGCUCAGGGGCAAAAAUAAGGCAACAACUCAGUAUCUGUACUUCAGAGGCUUUUGAAAGCAGCAAGAGCUAGGCCUGGCAAACAUGAUUCAUUUUAAUUGUGCCCCAGUGACACUACAGCAAAUCACUUAGCUGUGCUAAUCUUUGAAAUCAAAGGUUACUCUGGGAGUCACCAUGCCUUUAAUAGCAGAGUUACUGUAAAUUGUUUUUCCUAGUCAGACCAGGCUUUGCUCCAAAGGAGAAGCAUGAACCAAAACCAACUUCAAAUAAAAAGCUUUAGAAGCCACUCUGCUCUCCUGUCUAUGUAAAUCCUACUACUGAGGAUGGAAGUUAACGGCUCAGCUUUGUGUAUAGCAAGCCGCCACAAUGAUAGUAUACAGUGCUAAGAGUCUGAUUAUUCUCUACCUUCUUUUUCAGAGCACAGGGAGUAUGCAAAGUUUGUCAAGUGGAUUUUGUUGGACAAGUUACAAUUCCACAUCAACAGUGAUGACAAAAUAUGAGGUUUUUUAAGUUUAUUUUAGCUUAAAAUUUGCAACUUUCUUCUUGCUUCAGCAAUGGGAUGAUGAUUUAUAGGCAUUUGGAUUUACUAAGGGAGCUGAUCAUCAUCCAUAUUUUAAUAUACCGGAACAAAAUAAUGUAAAGUGUUUACAUUGAUUGUUUGGCAAUACUGUUCUCAUUGUGACCGUGCUUUGACUUGUUUUAUACUGUGUGUGCAGAUGGAUGGUUGUGGUUACAUCCAUGUUAAUUUGAAAUCAGUUAAUUGCGGGGUUUAAAUCUUCAGCUUCACAGAGGAGCCUCCUUCACUGGAGGCUUUCAAGAAGAGGCUGGACAAGCGCCUGGGAUGGUUUAGGGACAGCAAAUGUUUCACCUGUGUUGGUGUGGGGAUGGGGAUCUAGAUUGCACUUCAUUCUCUGUUCCAGAUGUAGACGUUUUUAGCCUGUUCCUCACUCUUAUACUAGAUAUGGAGCACAAAAAAGGCUCCAUUACUGCAGCGGUGAUUUAAAAUGUAAGAUACUGGUCUCAGCGGCUGCCUCUUCCCCUCCCACACUCCUUCCCCAUAAUCACAGCUCCACUGCCUCCUAGCUUCAGAACUGAAUUACUAUGCCGUAUUGUAUUUUAUAGCACCUUUCUCUUUUAUAAUUGGAGCCCUUUACAAAUGGGUAAGCAAGCUUCACCUUGUCCAUGUAAGGUUGUCACAGUCUGCUGCCCAACCACCUAGCUUGUGGGACAAGCGCUCCCCCGAGACAGCCCCAUAGCAUAAGCACCCUUCUCCCUGAGCUCCAUCCUCCUGCAGAGAGCGUGGGAGCAAACCCCUUCUCCCAGGCUUCAGCUAACCGCCUCUUGUCCCACGAUGCUGAUGUCUGAACAGAGGCUCCACUAGUUUGAUCAAGCAACUUUUGGCCCUGGUCUGGCAGAGAGAUACUACAGCCCUACUGUCAAACGUUGGCUUUUGCCUCCGUGGAAACGGACCAUAACCCAACAAGGUCCUAAAUUUGCAACUUCAGAAGCUGCACAGAAGCAGGUUCCCUGAAUCAUUGCGAAAGUAAUUAUCACAGUGUUACAGCUGGGAUAGCUGAGGCACAGGGGUGUUGUCUUGCCUCGGGUCAUGAGAAAGGCUGCAGCAGUGCUGAAAAGAGAAUCAAGUCUUCCGAUUCCUAGUUAUGCUUUAGCCACAAGACCUCUUUUCACUCCCUUGCCCCCAUGUGUUAGCAGGGCACCUUGAGCUCGAGCUGAUGCUCCACUGGCAGCAUCCUGUCCUCGGGGAGUAGACACCCCGAAUUUCUCUCCAGCCUAUAGGCCAACAUGCUUCCCUCAGACACCUGAUGCCAAUGCACUUGUUCAGGGCCAGCUGUUAUAUAAAGAUAGACAUGGGGCAUUGCACAGUGGCACUGAAUUGUUCAGCAGUCCCUGGAGUUGUGUGACUGACUGAAGGUGGCAAAGGCAGGUAUUUGCCUGAUUGCCAGUGGCACUAGAGUCCCUGGAGCUGGUUAUGGUUCUUUAUGCCUUUGGUUGCUUUAUUACAAAUGUGCUUCUCCACCACUUCUAUAGUUUUAAUUAAAUGUUUGCACCGUUAAGUUGCAGUAAUGCUGCAUGGAAACCUUUCUGUGGGAACACAGUAUGUCUGCAGGCUGUGCUUUUCCUAUUGAAUUGCAAGCUGUCUUUUUUUUUCCCAAAAAGAAAUAAAAAUUGGAAAACUUCAAGAAAGCCACAAGUUGGGCUGUGAAGCAGUUUGCUCAGUCAUAAAUACUGUAAAUGUUCUUAGUUUUUAGUUUGAAAAUGUAAAUUUUGCUGCAGAAACUUUAGAUAUGAGCUUUAUAAAGCAUGUAUUUAAGAGAUGAUAGUCAGAGCAAACUACAGGAUAGUUUAUCAUCUCUUGAGUACUAGCAUGGCUGCCUCCUGGCUUGGUAGUGACUGUAGGUCUGAUUCUGCGUGUCCCUAUGUGAAAUCAGGCUAGUGGUCACAGUCCAGUUCCUAGCAGACAAGUACCAUCAUCAUACCCUUCUGCCACCUUAACUCUGCCCUCUCACUGAAACUGGGAGGGGCGUGGGGACUGCAUUACUGGUCCCAUCAACUAUCAGUUGAGUCAAAGGCUUGGUCUAAACUGCAGUUGUUGCAGCUCACGUAGAUGUGCCUGAUGUUAGCAUGUAACGGGCACAGGUACCACUAACAAUGUAACACAAUGCAGACUCUAAGCCUUUUUACCCAGUAGCUCGGGUAGGUUUUGCAGCAUCCCUGAGUUCCUAUGCUGCCAUAACGAUCCUGCUGUCAGCACCUAAACUAACUUUAACUAUCUAGCUUGGGUGUGAGGGCAUUUAGUGACCGAAAUAUAGGUACAUCCAAAGAAGAGUGGAGGAAAUCUUGCGCUGGAGCUGUUUUAGAACUUGACUGGAAGACUUAAGUCUCUACUGCUGUCACUCGUUACAAGCACUAAACUUAAGGCCCAGACAUGCAAGCUGCUUCUCUCUCCCUUUGUCUGCUGACUUCUUUGGGAGUUCCCGUGAGGACUUGCAGAAUUGGACCAUUAGAGUGGGAUGAAUAUUCUGGACAGAUUACAGUCACGUGAAGAUGACUCGUCGUGACUGGAGGUUGUUUGAGCCAUGAAAUGUGGACUUGAAUGUCAGAUUAAACUUGAUGCUGAUUUGCCUGUCCUGCAACUGAAUUAAGUUUUCUAAAGAGCCAUGAGUUUGAGAUGAGAUACCUUACAGAUUUUUUUUUGCCUGUAAAGCAUUGCUGUAGUUUCUUAUGUACUGAAGAAUUACUGAACAGCACUGUCAUCUCUUCAAAUGGUUCUGUUAUGCCCAUGUAUGUAUUGUAAUUUUGUCCAUUUCUGAAGGAGAGGGAAAGCUUUAGUGUUUGUGAGAUCUGUAUGUAGAGGGUGAUUAGCAUGAUAUCGUACCUGACAUUAGCUGGUUUUACUUGCACUCAGCUCUUCUUAGACUUGUUUACAGUAGUCCAGUGUCAGUUUUGUAACAUUUAAUUUUAGCACUUUACCUGUGAGUGUACAAACUGAUUAUGAUGUAGUAGAUGUACAUUUUAAUUUUAGAACUUUACAUGUUUUUAAUAAAAUGAUGUAAAAAUGUCA